AAACGUUUAAUGUACAGUUUCUGUACAUCUUGAAGCAAUAUGAGCCCUGCUAAUUUCCUUUACUUUAUUGCCAUUAUGGUAUACGCAUGUUGGCUUCCGGCUUGUUGGGGCUGGUCAAAAUUAAAUUCUGAAAAUUAAAUUUAAUCUCAGUGUUUAUCAGAUUUAUUGGCGUGGUAAUCUUAGAAUAAAGAUAAAUAUUAUGAA